CGCGAUAGCACGGCCGACAUAAGUACUCCGAGUACUUCUCUCUCCUCAUCCACCAAUCAUCCCCACAAAGCAGUCAGCAGAUAUGCUCGAGUUCCGAACAGCAGGCUUCAAUCCCUAUGCCGUCAAGUACUCGCCGUUCUUUGACAGCAGACUAUGCGUGAGCGCUGGUGCAAACUUCGGCCUUGUCGGCAAUGGCCGCCUCUUCAUCCUCAACCUGACGGACCGCGGGAUUGUUUGCGAGAAGUUCUUUGAGACUCAAGAUUGUCUCUUUGACACGGCAUGGUCAGAGUCACAUGAGAACCAGCUACUAACAGCCGGUGGAGAUGGCAGCGUCAAGCUCUUCGACAUCAAUCUCAGCGAGUUCCCCAUAGCCAGCUGGUCUGAACAUGGGCGCGAGGUCUUUUCUGUGCAUUGGAACCUCGGCCACAAGACGACCUUCCUCAGUAGCAGCUGGGACGGCACCGUCAAGAUCUGGAACCCCGAGGCUAAGCAGUCGCUCCUCACGCUACCCGUACACUCCUGUGUCUACUCGGCCCAGUUCUCGCCUCACAGUCCCGACAUCGUCACGGCCGUCGCUCGAGACUCGCACCUCCGAGUCUGGGACCUUCGAACACCGGCAAGCGCCUCGAACCACUUGACCCUCGCGAUACCCAUCCACGCUCCUCCAAAGACGACCCCUAUGAACUUCACACCUACCAGCGUCGGUCCUACCGAAUGCCUGACACACGACUGGAAUAAAUAUCGAGAUACAAUCGUCGCAACAGCUGGUGUUGACGGUAUGAUACGCACCUUUGACAUCAGACAACCCAGCGGACCCAUGGCUGUCCUACCAGGUCACGAGUAUGCCGUCAGAAAGAUCAGUUGGAGUCCACACCUGAGUGAUGUCCUGCUCAGCGCCAGUUAUGACAUGUCAUGUCGCGUCUGGACCGAUGGCAGCGCUAUGGGCGUGGAUCAUGCAAAGGUGGGCACGCCCUCAGGACAAGGCGCCCGCGAAAUGGGUCGUAUGGACCGUCACACCGAGUUUGCCAUGGGCGUCGACUGGUGUCUCUUUGGCGCCGAGGGAUGGUGCGCCACCUGCGCUUGGGACGAAAGAAUCUUGGUCUGGGAUGUGAGGGAGUUCAUGAGGCGCUGAGACAGCCAUAUGCCACCAACCUUGAUCGAGAAAGAUCAAGAAAAUACAGGGUAUCGAAUGCUAUAUGCCAACUCCGCCCAAAACGACCUUCCGAU